AUGACUUCGUCGAUGGCCAACGCGUCUUCGAUUCAGGACUUAGCAGACAAGAUUCCUAUCUUGCGCUCAGAUGACACGUUUAAACAGUAUGUUGACGAGUCGACUUCAGUCAGGGGUCUAAAGCUCGACCCGGAUAUGCUGAAGGAGAACCCUGAAGCAUUGGCCAACCUGACCAAGAAUAACGAGAAUUACCUCAAUAAGCUCACAUACCAAUUUCUUGAGACCGAGUCCAAACAGAUAUUUCUCGGGUUUUUGAAUGAGGGACACAAGUUGACUGCAGAAGAGAUGGACUCUACCAACCAGAUGAUCGCCGAAUCUAAACAACGAUACGAAGAGAUGGAAGCAAAUAUAGCAAGACUCCGAACAGAGAUUCACGUGGGGAGUAGGAAAGUGCUAAAAUCACUUGCGGAGGUCAAUCGGCUUAAUAAGAGCAUCAACGAGCUUAAUAAUACUAACGAUAACUUACAACAAGAGGUCAAUGACCUCGAAAUGAAUAGCACAAUCAAAGUUGGUUCUCGUCAAUACCACUCAUACGAGCAGUUGGAGCAGCUUGAAAGCCAGAUACUAGAGGAAAGCACACAACUACAGGAGGAAUUGGAGCAAUUGAAACUUUUCAAAGAAAGCAGAAGCGAGCAUUUGAGGCAGUUGGAAAGUGACCUGCAAACUACUGAAGCUUCUAUCAAGAGUAAUAAGGCAAUACUAUCACAGUCCGUUGAAAAACGCCAACAGGCUGAAGUGGAUCCUAAUCUAGAUAGGGACUACAAGCAUACGCUACAACUCAUCGAAAUAUGGAAAUCUUUAGCCAGCGAUUAA